AUGUGCAGCUUUUAUGAUCAGUUGAUGGGCACCAAUUGGGAAGGCGGAAUGGUCGAAGCUAAGGUUGCUUACCAUGUCACAAAUCAAGUUUGUCAGAGAAACAGGGCGCGACCAGAGAAUUUUGACGAACUUCGACUUGGUGUGGCCAACGAUUCGACAUAUGAUGGACCACUUGUUGGAGCACGUGGAGUUUUCUUUACGACAACAAAAUAUGGAAAUGGUUUACCAACAAUCAGCCCUUAUCCAGCACAUGGUACCGAAGGUGUUAGCCAUUAUAGAGUAAGCGUUCCGCUUGAUCGAUUUAACGGCUACGAAAUGUACUAUUGCCAAAAUCCUGCCGAAACAAGAGUCUUGCAAAUUCGUCUCAUUUUGGUCAACUCGAGUUUUGAAAAGAAGAUUCUCACUGGUUUCCCAGGAAUUCAACCACUCAAUAUUUUUGAGAAGAACCCAUUUCUUUGCUAUUCUCAAGGCAAAUGGUGGACAAACGAUUACGACAAAGCCGAAGUAAAAUAUUUUGUUAAUUUUGUGGUUUUCAAAGCGGUUCCAUUGGAUGAUCAAUGUACAUGGGAUGGAGUGAGAAGAGGGGCACAAGGUAUUGGAAAUCCGCUACCUCGUGAAGUAGUGAAUAGGCUAAUGUUGAAGAUGUGGAGUGAUUCGCGAAAUUUACACGCCUGGCAAGGUAACCGGGAACCUUGGAUUCCAACAGAAGAAGAAAUCGAAGAAUUGGAGGAGAGAUGGGAAAAUGAAAUUGAGGAAGGCAGCCUAUCCGACGAACUUGAAAAUCUUGAACUUGAAAAUGAGAAU